UGGUCGUUUCGUUUUUGUUUGGAAUUUUCGGAAUCUCCGACACUGUUCUUUUGUUUUGGGCAAUGGUUUUAUCUUUUUCUUUCUCAUUGAUUUAUCGAUUUUUCAACUAUGCAGAUUUGACCAUAUUCGGAUAUCUCCCUUGAUUGCCUGAGCUGAAAAUUUUCCAUUCCCAGAAGGGAUUUUUUUUUCCUUUCCUUCUUUUCUUGGGCUGAAUUUCUAAACCCUGGUGGUGGUGGCGCUUAUUCAAGGUGUUUUUGAAUUGGGUUUUCUGGAAACUACUAGAGGGUUUUAUUCUUUUGUAUUGGUUGAAUUUGAUGGCUCUUCUUGGUUGGAAUAUUCAUAGGUUUUUCAUUUGGUUUUGCAUUGGGGCCUCUUUAUAGAGAAGGAUUUGACUAAUUUUGGUUUGUACUGGGAUUUUCAUGGCUUUGUCUGGUUCUAAUAAGUGAUUUAUGAAUGCUUAAGUUCUGAGUUUUGGAAUUUGAAGUUUUAGGUUUGUGAUUUAAAGAAAAUAAAAGAAGAGAAGAGGCUAUUAUUUGUGAACUGGGAUGGAUGAAUCUCAGGGUGGCUCGAAUUCGCUGCCUCCUUUCCUUGCAAAAUCCUAUGAAAUGGUAGAUGACCCUUCAACAGAUACAGUCGUGUCUUGGAGUUCUUCUAAUAAGAGCUUCAUAGUGUGGAAUCCGUUGGAGUUUGCAAGAGAUUUGCUGCCUAGAUUCUUUAAGCACAAUAACUUUUCAAGCUUCAUCAGGCAGCUCAACACAUAUGGUUUUAGAAAAGUUGAUCCGGAGCAAUGGGAAUUCGCAAAUGAUGAUUUCUUAAGAGGUCAGCCACACCUUCUGAAGAAUAUCCACAGAAGGAAGCCAGUUCACAGCCAUUCUUUGCAGAAUCUUCAAGGACAGGGAACUCCACAAUUGGCUGAAUCUGAAAGACAGAGUCUAAAAGAUGAGAUUGAGAGGCUCCAAAAUGACAUACAGCAGCUUGCUGUGGAGUCCCAGAGGUACGAGAAUGAGCGGCGGGGAUUGGAAAUACAAAAGCACGGUUUGAAAGAACAGUUUCACAAAAGUGAACAGCGACAACAAGGCAUUGUUUCUCUAUUAGCUCAGGUUUUACAGAAACGAGGGCUUGCCGUGAACUUUUCACAAUUGGAGGCCAAUGUCAGAAAGAGAAGGUUACCAAAAAUUGGUUACUUACACGACGAAACUAGCACAAAAGAUAACUCAAUUGGGAGUUCUGAAUUGUUACGUAUAGAAAAUGUUGAUGGUAUUUCAGUUUUAAACUUAAGCGUGGACCAGAUAGAGCAAUUGGAGGCAUCCCUGGUAUUCUGGGAGGAUAUUGCUCAUGAUUUUACUAAUGGUCAUUUGCAAAUUAGUUCAAAUCUGGAGUUGGAUGAAUCUACAGGUUGCGCCGAAAGUCCAUCUAUUUCCUGUGUACAGCUUAAUAUUGACAUCCGAUCAAAGUCCCCUGGAAUUGAUGUGAACUCUGUUCCUGUUCCAAUAGUUACUUCUGAGCCUGCUUGCCCAAAAGAACCAUCUGUAAUGGUACCGGAGAAUGGAGCCACUACUACUACUGUGCCAACUGGGGUCAACGAUGUAUUCUGGGAACAGUUCUUGACUGAGAAUCCUGGUUCUUCAGACAAUCAGGAAGUUCAGUCAGAAAGAAAGGAUUCUGAUGACAGAAGAAAUGAAAGCAUUCCUGGUGAUCGUGGCAAGUUUUGGUGGAGCAUGAGGAAUGUAAAUAAUCUUACAGAACAGAUGGGACAUCUUACACCAGCAGAGAAAACUUGAGAAGGCUUCUGACUUAUUUAGCUUUUGAUGUCCUAUUACCUCUCAUCUCAUGAAUUUAGCGUCAGAAGGGAACAUUUGUAUCCUAUCCACAUGGAGCUCUGCAUGCAGAAUUUUCUCUCUACUUCUGUAGGAACAUAUGCUUGUUGGUACUGAAUGAUAAAAGGUGUGAAAUUUACACUUUUUUUUUAAAUCUCUCUAUUGUUGGCUUCAGUUUAUGAAUCGGGGGUUGCUUAAGCAUGUCAAUGUGAUGAACUGCAUGGUUCCAAGUCAUCUAGGCAGAAUAGCAGACAUGGUUUCUUGGUAUAGACAUAGGAGAAUCGUCCGAAUGAUUUUGCAAAGCACUUGGGAACUUGAAGCAACUUUCUUUGUUUUUAUAUCGUUCCAAAGACAUGUAUUGAAAGCUUUACUUCUGAAUGCAUCUAGUGGAAAAGUAGCGGUUAUACAUUUCGUUCUAUUUUAUAUCUGUGUAAAUAAUUCGUUCCUUUCGUAAAAAUUAUUGUGAAAUAUUAAAGACCACAGUUUGAAUUAUUAGAAUCAGAAAGGAAAAAGAAACAGUAGCGCUAUUUUCAGUA